CUCUCUCUCUCUCUCUCUCUCUCUCUCUCAACUAUUUCUCCCUCAUUUCUUAAAUUUAGCAAUGGUCACAUUUUCUCCCGUCGUUUUCGUUCUCCUCCUCCUCCUCCUCCUCAUCCUCCUCCCCCAUUUCCCUCUCCUCUCCACCCCUUCCUCUUCGGUGCCAUUUCUCAUUGUCCUUCUCGGGCUCCGGGAGAGUACACCCCCAUUCUCGAAACCCGUGUGGGAAUUUGGUGAUUUGUGCCCUUCUUGGCGAGGCAUUGUUUGGAGGGGCGGAGGGGAAGGAUUGGUGCCUAUGGAACAGGGCUUCAAUCGAGGUGUUUCCUUUUGAAUCCUCGUUCGGGUUGAGGAAACUUCCAUUGCAUCAAACAAAGCAUCAAUAGAGAACCAUAGAUGGAUUCAAGUAUUACUGAUGGCACAGAAUCAACAAGAAGCUCUGGAGUUGGCUCUAACUCCAGCACACUUCCUAGCCCAUGCCCAAGUCCCAAACCUUUUCUAAAUACAGAACUUGCUUUGGACAAAACAUCAUACUGCAAAGAAGAGUUCAACCCAAUUGAUCAAAACAGUACAAAUCAUACGAAGAAUUUGUGUCCAAGCCCAACUUAUAAUUCAAGUCCAUGCCCGAGUCCUAAAUUGCCAACAAUCUCAGAAACAACUCCUACCUCACCAUCUGCUAAAACUGGUGAAGCCAAGAAUAGUGAUUCUUGUGCUACUUUUAGUCGAGAUAGCUCCGGCAGUGCCAGGAGCGACAGCAUUGAUAGCAGCUCUUCUGCACCCAUCAAGAGGCACACUGGAGGGGAUUGUCGGUGGGAGGCCAUUCAAUUGGCUAAUUCACGAGAUUCUCCCCUCAACCUCGGCCACUUUAGGCUUCUUAAGCGAUUGGGCUAUGGUGACAUUGGUAGUGUUUAUCUUGUUGAGCUUAGGGGAACAAGUGCUUUUUUUGCAAUGAAAGUGAUGGAUAAGGCAUCAAUUGUUAGUAGAAACAAGCUAAUAAGAGCACAAACCGAGAGGGAGAUCCUCAGCCUUCUUGAUCAUCCCUUCUUGCCCACAUUGUAUUCUCACUUUGAGACAGAAAAAUUUUAUUGCUUGGUCAUGGAGUAUUGCAGUGGUGGGAACCUCCAUUCUCUCAGGCAGAAGCAGCCUAAUAAGUAUUUUAGCGAGCAAGCUGCCAGAUUUUUUGCUUCUGAAGUGUUGCUCGCCCUAGAGUACCUUCACAUGCUUGGCGUUGUCUAUCGAGACUUGAAACCUGAGAACGUACUUGUGAGAGACGAGGGCCAUAUAAUGCUGUCCGACUUUGACCUCUCCCUACGUUGCUCUGUGAGCCCGACCCUUGUCAAAUCAUCCUCCGUCCACUCAGCCACCAAUGUUGGCAACAAUAAAGCCAUCCUCGACAGUGACAGCGUCGUACAAGGCUGCAUCCAACCCUCAACAUUCUUCCCUCGCAUCCUUCCCAAGCGAAAUCGCAAAUCGAAAUCAGACUUUGGCAUUGGCAGCCGAUCAGCCCUCGAGUUCAUGGCCGAGCCAACAAACGCUCGUUCGAUGUCCUUUGUCGGCACUCAUGAAUACCUCGCCCCUGAGAUCAUUCGCGGGGAAGGGCAUGGGAGCGCGGUCGAUUGGUGGACAUUUGGGAUUUUCAUAUAUGAAUUACUGCAUGGUACGACACCUUUCAAAGGGUCGGGCAACCGUGCCACGCUUUGCAACGUGGUGCAGCAGCCAUUGCGGUUUCCUGACGAGCCGGUAGUGAGCGCGGUGGCACGGGAUCUCAUUCGCGGGCUCUUAGUAAAGGAUCCGCAGAAAAGAAUCGCAUAUAGAAGGGGAGCGACGGAAAUAAAGCAGCAUCCCUUCUUCGAGGGGGUGAAUUGGGCAUUGGUGAGGAGCACUACGCCGCCGCACGUACCUGAUCCUGUGGAUUUCAAGCAGUAUGCAGGUAAGGAUAAGAAGGGUGGUGAAAGUGGUGUUGCUUCUACCGGUGGUGGGAAGGCAACUUCGACCGAUUCUUCAUAUCUUGAUUUUGAAUAUUUUUAGAUAGAUUAUUGAACAUUUUUUUUCAUUUAUUUUUUAUGGUAAUUUAUAUACUUUGUGAUGUAUUGAAAGGAACACUUCAUGUAAAGUAGAGGCGAGUGAGGAGAUUUUUCUUUUUGAUCAAUAGAACAAUAAUAUGGAGAUAUAAAAGCUUCAUAAAUCAUAAAGCAAGUUCAUCUGUGG